UCCGACAAGAGGCAGAAACUCAGCGUGAAACUACUUAAUACUAACAAUCAUUCAGUGGAGUGUAGCUUAAAGAUACUAUUUUGUAUUUAUUUGUAUUUUGCUGAAGCUUUUCAUCAGUUAAUCAUGGUAUCUCUGAUCUACCUGACUGUACUGACAACAGCUGUCAUCACACAGGUGAUUGCUAGCUGCCCAGCAGUGUGUGAGUGCCCUGCAGACCCCCUGGUUUGCCCUCCAGGGGUUAGCACUGUGCCAGAUGGAUGUGGGUGUUGCAAGGUGUGUGCAGCACAGCUCAACCAGGACUGCAGCCCCAUGAGGCCUUGUGACCACCACAAAGGGCUGGAGUGUAAUUACGGCAACGAUGUAACCAUGGCCUGGGGCAUCUGUCGAGCUAAAUCUGAGGGACGCACAUGCGAGUACAAUGGCAGGAUCUACCAAAAUGGCGAGAGCUUCCGUGCCGGCUGUAAACACCAGUGUACCUGCAUUGACGGUGCUGUUGGCUGCGCUCCUCUCUGUAACAACAAGCUGCCACCAGCUUCACCAUCCUGCCCCUACCCACGGCUAGUCAGGAUACCUGGGCAGUGCUGCUUCAGUGUGGAUUGCCAUAAGGGCACCUGGCGCCUCCCACCUAAGCAUCAGGUGCCUCCACCACAGCAACACCUGCCCAGACCUGAGCACCAUCCAGCUCAACGCCAGCCUGAAAAUGCGCUGGCCAACGAGCUAGCAGAUGUUAAGUCCAGCGGCUGGGAGAGUGAACGUGGCUACAAACACCUGCCUGUGUGGAACCAUCUGAAGGAAAAGAAGUGUCAAGUGCAAACCACAGACUGGUCCCAGUGCUCUCGCAGCUGUGGGAUGGGUGUUUCUUCUCGAAUCACCAACAAGAACCCUCAGUGUAAACUGGAGAGAGAGACGAGGAUCUGUACCGUACGCCCAUGCCAAGGCCUGAACGUCCCAGCCAAGACAGGGAGGAAGUGCUCCCCAACCCAGAAAGCCCCAGAGCCCAUCCACCUGUCCUACGCAGAAUGCGUGAGUGUCCGCCGCUACCGGCCCAACUACUGCGGUAUGUGUGCAGAUGAACGGUGCUGCUCCCCACGCCGCACCCGCACUGUACCUGUGACCUUUGUCUGCCCGGAUGGAGAGCAUUUCCAGAGGUCGGUCAUGUUUAUCCAAUCGUGUAAAUGCAGUCAUGACUGCGGCCACCUCAAUGAAGUGGCCCUCCCUCCACAGCACUGGAUGUACGGAGACACACACAAGUUCAUAGACUAGUACUGAGGAGUCCCUUUUUUUGUUAUAAUUUCAAUGUGAUGAGGUCAACUUUCUUGAUGAAGGAAGACACUUCAAGACGAGGAGCCAUUUUUCUCAUCUGGCUCCAAGUGAGUGAAGACCACAGGCACCCGCCUGACUGCAAAGACUGCAGGCAGGAAGGGCCGCCUCAGUUUUGUUCACAAUCAUGAAGGCAACCCUUAAUGUAAUAUGUGUGACCGGAGAGGAUUGUACACUUCCCUGCUCCUGUUCAAACAGAUGUGGGACCUAAAAUUAGAGCCCUGAAGUGCCCCUGGACUUCCUCCACUCUACACUGAUUGCUGGUUCAGGGGUGGAGGAUAUUUUUUGAGACCCUCAGGUCAGCCUGAGAAGAGAAACACUACAAGAGCAACGAAGCACUUUGUUUAGCACUGAAAUUUACUGAACUAUAACUUUGGCAGCAGUGCACAAGGAUCACCAUACCUGCAUCAAUAGCCUGGUAAUGACUACAUACCCCACAAUGCAUUGCAACUACUCAGUGACAAGCAGCAAGAGAGUAACUUUUGCCACUUUUAUGUAGAAAACCCUAGAGUAUAAUGCAAAUUGAGGACAGAUUAUUCAAAAUAUAUAAACUGAACACGCCAUGAACAAACACAGACUGCACCAAUUGUGCUUUUUGUGACAUGCUGACAUGUCAAGCCAUCUAAAUUUACACACAGCAAUGAGUGACACUUUCCAUGUAACACAGACUGUUAAAUGAUAAGGAACACUACCUGGAACUGAAACAAGCGUCAACAGGGACUGGACCAACGCCAAUGUAUUUCCCAAAGACAUCUGAUUUCUUGUUUGUGCAUUUAAUGCAGCUUAGAGAUAUGUCUUACACAAACCUGUUUUUCUUGAGUUCAUUUUGGAUCACACUGUAUUCUGUUAAAUGCAUUUUCUUUAUUUUGAUCCAAGUUUAUAUAAUGGUCACAUUUAUCCACUUCUAUGGAUUGAGACACCACAGUAGCUGUCACAAGUUUUUGUUGGUCCAUCCACGUGAUAAAACUGGCUGCUGGG